AUGAAUCCAUAUAGAAACAGAAAGGGCAACAACCCCCAAGUGCCUCCUGGUGAUGGCACCAAAACUCGUAAAGUCACUGUAGCACCUAUUUCGAGGGGCACUAUUCCAAGCAGCUUGGUGUACCAGUCUCAGCUUCCGCCUGUAACUCAGCAUUAUACUGAGAUUAAAUCAAAUUUAGCACUUAUGACACAGAAAUAACUCUUUGCAAGAAACUGACUACUCUCGAGAGUCUAGUCUCGAUCCGAUUUCCUUGAAAUUAAAAUCAGACUUAAAGUAUACAACAACAGUCAAAUUUAUGCCUCUUAAGCCGAAAAGUAUGAGAAUACCUCGAAAUCCUGACCCAAAAAUGCUUGCAUUUUUGGCAAAAUAAUUCGCUAGAAACAUGUCCUUCAAAUUACCCGUUCAGUGGUCCUCAAUCACCAUGACCAGAGAGCCAGAGUUUGUCCAGACGGGCUCGGAUAGUACGACACAAAUAACGUGACUGUAAACCACAGGCUAAAGCAACUUCACAGAUUAAAAUAAAUCGAUGAAGCAAAAGACCACGAACCUUAAAGAAUUGUUCAUCAGGAAGAUCAACCUGGAAUCCGACUGAGAAGUCAGCCAAUAUGACUCAUUUCGAAGAGUUUACCCUCAGAAUAAAUGCAAGAACCCUUCCCUUGGCACUCAGAACUUUGAUAUUCAAGCCAUCGAGCAAAAGAAUGAUAAUGACAGGAUCUUUAGUUUUAAUUUUACAAAAGGAAGUAGUCCCAUUUUUAUCAAUAACUCCCCUGUCUUAGAAGAUAUCGCCAAGCAGGGUAGAGCAAAGAGCAAGAAAAAGACCAGGAACCAGAGACAGUCCUUAGUUCCUCAAAAGCUGAAAGAUUGAUACCUCAAAACCCAUGCAAGAGUACAAAAGAAUAGCAAUUAUGGGUUUGUUGAAUCUCAAGAAAGAUGCACCCUGAGUACUACCUUAAACCAGUUGGUCCCUGAAUCUAGUGCUAGACAUCAUAUGUUCCCUAAAAAGCUACAAAAAUACCUGAAAAAUGCACAAAAAAACCCAAAUUUUACUCCUGCCCCAAACAACCCUCAAAAUAACACUUUGAAUUCCUUUGGUGCUCUCUGAGUCGACAUGCGUGGUUCUAUGUCCAACCAAACCCCCAGAAACCGAUGUAAAAAGUCUAAAAGUCGUUACCAAAAGCCAAAAAAUAGCCCUUCCAAGCACAAAAUCUCCCUUAAACUCAACUCACCUUCCUCAAUCACAAGUUUGGCUUCGUUCAAAAAUUAA